AGAAUAGUCACCAAACACAACUCUUUCUUGGCAACCAAACAUCACAUUCACAUUUAACAAAAGAGAUUUGCUACUAGAAACAUAAAAUAAAAAAGCAACAAAGAAAAAGAUAAUUGAAAAAUCAAAAUAUGUAAAAUAAUACAAAAUAAAUCAAUUAAGCUUUGCUUCUUUUUCUACUGCAAAAGCAAAAUCUUCUUUCACUUUUUUUUUUCAAUCUCAAACACUUUUGCUUUUACUUCGUCUUGUGUCUUUACUCAACUUUUAUCAUCUCAUAAUUGUACAGAAUCUUGCUUCUCUCCUCCUCUGUUUAUCUCUUUCUCUGUACUCUGUUUUUUUUUCCCGGGAAAACUAACUGACUCCUCAAAGCUUCUUCCUUUCUCGUGUGAAUCACAAUUCUUCACCUCCCUGUAAUUCCCCAACUCAUAAUUCAUGGGGAUCUGUCACGGAAAACCCAUCGAGCAAAAACCAAAACAGAGCACCCCUGUUUCCUCCGACGAAACUCCGGCGGCGAAAUCUCCAGCCUUUCCGUUUUACAGUCCAAGUCCUUUACGCAAACCCUCACCGUCACGGGCAACAAGCGCGAGCUCAACGCCUCUUCGCGUCUUCAAGAGACCUUUCCCUCCUCCUUCCCCUGCUAAGCACAUACGCGCUUUCCUCGCGCGUCGCAACGGCUCCACCAAGCCUAGCGAGGUCAAGACGAUCUCUGAAGGCAAGGAGUUCGAGAUCGGUCUUGAUAAAAGCUUUGGCUUCUCGAAACAGUUUGGGUCGAAUUAUGAGAUUGAUGGUGAAGUGGGUCGGGGGCAUUUUGGGUAUACUUGCUCUGCUAAGGGUAAAAAAGGAAGCUUGAAGGGACAUGAAGUAGCUGUUAAGGUUAUACCUAAGUCCAAGAUGACAACUGCUAUAGCGAUUGAGGAUGUUAGUAGAGAAGUGAAGAUAUUGAGAGCUUUGACUGGUCACAAGAACUUAGUCCAGUUCUAUGACGCCUUUGAAGAUGAUGAAAAUGUUUACAUUGUGAUGGAGUUAUGUAAAGGUGGUGAGCUCUUAGACAAAAUACUUCAAAGGGGUGGCAAAUACUCAGAAGAUGAUGCUAAACAAGUUAUGGUCCAAAUUCUUAGUGUUGUAGCUUAUUGUCAUCUCCAAGGUGUGGUUCACCGUGACCUUAAACCCGAGAACUUUUUAUUCAGUACAAAGGAUGAGACUUCUCCUCUUAAGGCAAUUGACUUUGGUCUCUCUGAUUAUGUCAAGCCAGACGAGAGGUUGAAUGAUAUAGUAGGAAGUGCUUAUUACGUAGCCCCUGAAGUUUUACACCGUACAUACGGAACAGAAGCUGACAUGUGGAGUAUUGGAGUGAUUGCUUACAUUCUUCUCUGUGGUAGUAGACCCUUUUGGGCCCGUACUGAAUCAGGAAUCUUUAGAGCUGUACUUAAGUCAAUACCUAACUUUGAAGAAGCUCCUUGGCCUUCACUAUCACCUGAAGCUGUAGAUUUUGUGAAAAGGUUGCUUAACAAAGAUUACCGUAAAAGACUAACUGCUGCACAGGCUUUGUGUCAUCCGUGGCUGGUUGGCUCACAUGAGCUAAAGAUACCUUGUGAUAUGAUCGUAUACAAGCUUGUAAAAGUGUACAUAAUGUCAACUUCAUUGAGAAAAUCAGCUUUAGUGGCUCUUGCCAAGACAUUAACUGUCCCACAGUUAGCUUAUCUGCGAGAGCAAUUUACAUUGUUGGGGCCAAGCAAAAAUGGAUAUAUCUCCAUGCAGAAUUACAAAACUGCAAUACUAAAGAGCUCAACAGAUGCUAUGAAGGAUUCAAGAGUCUUAGAUUUUGUUCACAUGAUAAGUUGUCUUCAGUACAAGAAACUAGACUUUGAAGAGUUUUGUGCAUCAGCGUUAAGUGUUUAUCAGAUGGAAGCAAUGGAAACAUGGGAGCAACACGCAAGGCGUGCUUACGAGUUGUUUGAGAAAGAUGGGAAUAGAGCCAUCAUGAUUGAGGAACUUGCAUCGGAACUUGGACUCGGACCAUCAGUCCCGGUGCACGUUGUGCUUCAGGAUUGGAUAAGACAUUCAGAUGGAAAGCUUAGUUUCUUGGGUUUUGUCAGAUUACUACACGGUGUGUCUUCUCGUACAUUACAUAAAGCUUAGGAGCAAUGGCAUUGUUUUGAGUGUAGAUUUGGAUGUAAUUCAUGAAAACAUUUACUAGUUUUUAGGAUAACUAUUUUGGAUGUAUCAAUGCCUUUUAGAUUUAUAUAUUUUAAAGUUACUUUGUGAAGAAGUUAUAUACACAAACAUAUAAAAAUAAUAUGAUCAAUGCAAUAAAUAAAAAG